AUGGCCCAUCCAGCUGUUAAUGGUGGUGGUGAUAACGGCGUUCCGAUGAUUUUAACUGAUCCAGAUGUAUUUGUUUGUUGUGGGUGUCGUGAUACAUUAACCAUUCCAAUCUACGAGUGCUCCAAAGGGCACGUAAUUCUUUGUUCUCCCUGCUGUAACAAGCAUGGGUACAAGUGUCCCUUUUGCUCAAUGUUCAUCGGGGACAAGCGUUGCCGAGCUAUUGAGGCAGUGAUGGAAUCAAUGAAAACCGUGUGCUGUUAUGCAAAACAUGGUUGUAAUGCAAUUGUGAGGUACAGUGAGAAACGUGAUCAUGAGAAGACAUGCACCUUUGUACCAUGUUUAUGUCCCCAGCCACGUUGUGAUUGGAUUUCCAAUUCCAACGAAUUAGGGCAACAUUUCAAAGUGAAGCAUUUCUACAAGAGAAUACCAUUUAAAUAUGGAGAGUUUUUUUAUGUGUCUUUGAGGCGGGACACGACGACUCGUGUUCUUCAAGCGGUAAGUGAUGGAAAAUUGUUUGUGAUCAGCAAUGAUAAGAGGGAGAAGAAAAAUUCAUUGAUUCUUUUCCAUGUUGGGCCUAACUCGUGGAUCCCUAAGUUUGAUUAUGAAGUUAGGGCAACGUCUGAUGGUGCAGUUCUAUUGCCUCAAACUUUUGUGGAGACAACUCAAGGACUGAAGUUUGAGUUUUCUUUACUAAGCUUUUUACACAUUCCAAUUGAGAUGUGGCCUUGUAAUGGACAGAUCAAACUGCAGUUUCUGAUUACUACCGUGAGUGGUGCUGAUAAGGUUGUUAGUGAAGAAAACAAUGACCAAAACGGGAGGCCCAAAAGGAUCAGGAACCGCCCAGUUGGAUUGAACGACUUUUAUCCCUAA